ACUUGGGAACUGGAAUAUUCGUUGGUCGACAACGACAGCGGCGUCAUCCACAUUGGCCCGUUGACCGUCGAGGGAAAAAUGGCCGGCGUGAACCACAACGUCGAAGUGUACUAUCUCGGAACCGCUCCUCGUCGCGACUUCAAUGUUCAGUACGACGUGCUGGUGGGACUCUACGACGCGUUGGAAAUCCGAGCUUACUUCGACCAGGAAACAGGACAACUCAUGGUCCUGGAAAUGUUCCCGGAAUCGGACACGGAUCCAUGCGAAAUUGAAUUCAGCGAGUAUCGCGAAACCGACGGAUAUACGCUGCCUCACCGAAUGGUGAUCCGCUAUGGCGACGAUCCGUUCGACAUUCUGACGGUGAAGAAGUGGAACGUUCAUCCGACAGGGGAGGGUGCCUAA